AGCAGCUCACGCUCCGAUGGGAAUCCGUCCGUCCGAGCGUGGAGCUCCUUGGGCAGAUGAAGAUGUAGCCUGCGACAUGCUGCGACAUGGGUGAUUGAAAGUUGCUUGAGCCAUCCAACUAUCACAGGUGUCAGCCUACUAUAUAGCUUCCAGCAAUCAGUUGAUGCAGCCUUAUAUGCAGCUCUCUUAGAAUGGUCAACUUCGUCUUCUGGCUGACCGGCCUCAUCCACACUGCGGCCAUCGUCCACCAUGCGGACCAGACGACCGAGCUGAGGGAUCACUGGACGGCUGAUGCGGUACCCAAUCCAAUGAAGAGUCCGGAGCAGUGUGGUCUUUCAGCACCAGGACAUCUCUGCGAUCCGGAUCUAUUGCUUUCCGAGAACGAACGGCGAGACAUUGAGCAGGUCCUCCUGAACAUCACCCGACAGACUGGAGUGAUGUGCCCUGAUGGCAAAAAUCAUUCUUACCAAGCUGCCGUGCUGGUGGUGAGGAGCGUGGCACGCUCCGAAUGGCUGGGCUGGUGGAACAAGGAGCGGACGGGCGAAGCAUUCGCCCAUCAUGUGGGAGAUGCUUGGGGAGUUGGCCAUGCUGGCUGCGAUAAUGGUGUGAUGCUUUUCCUCUCCAUCAGUGACCGCAUGUUCUACCUGAAAACCGCCAAAAAGACUCGCGAAGUGCUGACGGAUGGCCUUGCACAACGAAUUUUGGACAACAUGAAGCCGCUCCUGAAGGGUGGAUACGUGGCUGAUGCCAUCCUCAAGGGCUCCUCGGAGAUUCUCUUGGCGCUCCAGGGAAGCACCGUGCCCGUCUAUCGGUCAUGGGGUGACUACUUCACCAUUUUCAUUCUGAGUAUCGUUUUCUGCUGCCAUUUGCCACAGAUCUUGGCAUUCUUUCUCGUCGCGAUUGCUGCAGUGUUUGGGCUUUUGCUCUAUCCUUUUGCCAAGCUGGCUGAUGUCUUCAGUGGAUGGUGGCGGAAUUGGCACACGAGUCAGGCACAGCAGGAUCUGGAACGAGUCCAACUGGAAUUGGACAAGGAUGAAUUCGACCAAGCGAUGUGCCCCAUUUGUUUGGAGGACUUUAACUUCGAUGGUGGGAAAAGCGGGGACAUGCAGAAGUUGGAGUGCAAGCACUGCUUUCAUGGGGCAUGCAUUGCAGAGUGGCUUCGUGACCAUGAGUCUUGCCCCUUGUGCCGCGCAGAGGUCGAUGUGCAGCUAACAGAGGCGGAUCAGAAGAAGCCCGAGCACUAUCAGAGGCGCUUGCGGUUCUACCUCUCAAGGUUGAGUUCACGUUAUCCGAGCACCUUUCGUUCCUCCCGCACGCCUUUCUACACCUCAAGCAAUGAUCACUACUUUGUGUACGUGCACAGUCCUGGAUGGACGGACUCCUUGUCGGGGCACUUCCACAGCAUCACCACGGCCUCCAGCCACAUGGCCUCUGUGGGCCCAGGCGGUGGUGGCGGUGGUGGUGGCUUCGGCGGGGGCGGCUUCGGCGGCGGUGGCGGCGCGGGCGGCGGAUGGUGAUGUGGCGGGCCGGCGCGGAAGCGCAAAUGAGAUCCAGGUAGGGGCCAUGGAUUUACUUG